GCGAACGUGUGCGGAUUCUGCGUGCGCCGUGUAGAGAAGCGGUCUUGAUGUCCGGAGCAGUUCCUGUCAAAAGCGCUAUUGAUAGACCACCGCUGAUGCUGCUGGCGGAACCGGCCGACGCGCGAACUCUUCCGUUAGUGUGUAGUUAAUCGAAAGUCUCCAGCAUUUCGUCGGUGAUCUGAGGCAGCUCGCGGGAGCGGUCCGCCGCGACACCACACCGUGUGUAUUGGCUCGCCUCGACGGUGCGGGAUUCCAACUCGCAUUAAUCAUGGCACAGGACAGCUCGACUCCAAAACCUGCGGAUCAAUUCAAACUUGUACCAAAAAUCAUAAAUGGCGGCAUUGCCGGAAUCAUCGGGGUGUCCGUGGUGUUCCCGCUCGAUUUGGUUAAAACGAGAUUACAGAAUCAAAUUAUCGGUCCGCAAGGCGAACGGAUGUAUAAAUCAAUGUUCGACUGUUUUAAAAAGACUUACAGAGCAGAAGGUUACUUCGGGAUGUACAAGGGAUCCGCUGUUAACAUAUUGUUAAUCACUCCCGAGAAGGCUAUCAAACUUACUGCCAAUGACACAUUUAGACAUUAUCUCUCACUUGGGCCUGGACAAAAAUUGCCAUUAGAACGUGAAAUGCUCGCCGGCGGCUUGGCAGGAGCAUGCCAAAUAAUCAUUACCACUCCGAUGGAACUGCUCAAAAUACAAAUGCAAGACGCUGGCAGAGUUGCCAUGGCAGCUAAAGAAGCGGGUAAGGCUAUACCAAAGGUAUCCGCUUGGUCGUUAACGCUGGACCUACUUAGAAAAAGAGGUGUAUUGGGGUUGUACCAAGGAACGGGCGCGACAGCGCUCCGAGAUGUGACGUUUUCCGUUAUUUACUUCCCUCUAUUCGCCAGACUGAACGAUAUCGGUCCGAAGCGAGAGGAUGGAUCAGCUGUGUUCUGGUGUUCAUUCCUUGCCGGGUGCGCGGCCGGCUCGACGGCUGCAUUAACGGUGAAUCCAUUCGACGUAAUCAAAACUAGAUUGCAAGUUAUCAAAAAAGCACCUGGUGAACCAACGUACAACGGAGUAUUAGACUGCAUAACGAAAACAUUCACGAAUGAGGGUCCGAAGGCGUUCUUCAAAGGCGGUGCUUGCCGUAUGAUUGUCAUAGCGCCGUUAUUCGGAAUUGCGCAAACCGUCUAUUAUCUCGGCGUGGCCGAAUGGCUACUGGGAUUGAAGAAAUGAAAUGGCCAUAUCGCCGACUCGUGACGUUCAAAUGCUCUGGGAAAAUAAUGACAAUAAUCGUUGUAGACGUAGAUGUAUUUCGGCUUGAGAUCUCCGUCGUCGAGAUGUAAAUGCUUGCUAGACGGAGCCUUGUUCGCUUGUUCUGUACGAAAAAAAAGAAAAAAAAAUGAAGUGAAAAAGAAGUGUGUCCAUUGGAAUUACCGUAAUUCUCGCAGGUCGCGAAUUAUAUCGGGUUCACAGUUUAACAGAUUUAAAUCCGUAAAUCUCUCAUGUCUUCACUUAUGCGCGCGCGCGAAUUAUGAAGUGAAUGUAACUUACUGAUUGAAGUACAUACCACGCGAAGUCAAUGUACAUUGUGUUCCUGCAGUGUGAGGUUGCAACUGCUGCGUCAAUAGAUUUGCCGAAAAAAAAAAGAAACGAAAA